UUUUUCAGAUUGAAAACAAGAUAAACUGAAGAAGCAUAAUUGCAAUGGAUCCAAAGUCUGUAGAUGAGGACCUUAGAAGUGAUGUCAUUAAUUCAAAAAUUAAAAUCAGGCCUCUAGAUAAGCUUCGUCAUGAGGCUCCCUUUGGAGGACAUGAGCCUGCUGGUGGAACUGCAUCUAACAUGUCUGAUGUCACUAUUGGGGACAUAGUUGAGCAUGGUGAUUUUGUCAGCUCUGAUGAAAGUGGUGUUAUGCAUCUUAAAAUCACUAAUGUUAUGAGUGUGGAUGAAAGUAUUACUGGCUGCACUGUGUCAGAAGAUGACAGGGAUGUAUUUGCCAAUAUCCAAAUUGCAUCUGUUACUACUAUAUUGGAUGAUGAGCAUCCUGAUUCAGUUGCUGAAUCUAGUGCAAAUCCUAGUCACUCAACUGCUGGUCAGGGCUCAGCUUCAGUCCCUUUGAAAACGUCAAAUAUUCCUAAUUCUGAUUGUCCUACUCUAAAACUGGUGAAUGUGCGUGGCAUUUCAAAGGACUUGCAAGAUGGGACUGCAUCUGUUUCACCCACAAUUACUACCAUGUGCAUAGUUCCCAAGAGUGCUGCUGUGUCACUCAUUGGCCAAGAUAAAGCCUCUGAAGUGAAAACGUAUCACAGCAUUAUCCGAAGCAGUGUUGUUGUCCCGCACUUGUGCUGCCAUUGCUCUAAGAGAGUGAAAUGUGACUUUAGAGUGCUGUCAUCAAGAGAAAGUGGAGGUCCUGCUGAUAGUUCUUAUCUUUGCUCUGACAAAUGCAAAGAAGAAUGGCUCCUAAAGCUCCCAGACACUGCUGUUGUUGAAAAGCCACGCAAGUAUUUUGAACGUGUCUGUGGGAUGUGUGGACACGAGAUCAACGAUGUCAACAAAGGCCUCUUCUCUUGGGAAACCCGAGAAUUUUGUAACAAACUUUGUUUAGCGGAUCACAUUGGGUAUGUUGGACAACAUUGUCAACAGUGCAGGUCUACCGUACGUCUUUUGCACAUGGGCAAAUACUGCGUGAGAUUUGGAUCAGACAUAUACCAGUUUUGCUCAAAUACCUGCUUGGAAAGGUACAAACAAAGUACACAAGUCUGCUGCUAUUGUCAAAAAAAUCUUUGCAUGGGAGAUAGCUCCUCUCAAGAUUCUGUGGUCUCUAUAUCUACAAAUAAGAAGUAUUGCAGUACAAAAUGCAUGAAACGUGCACUUCGUAAGGACAUCAACCAGCAGUUCUAUAGUGAGCAAAAGGCAUGCACUGUAUGUACUGGCAUACAAGUGCCCCGCUUCGAAUUUCUAAAGGAUGGUGACACUAGCUACCUUUGCUCCCAGCCCUGCCUUAAUGUCUACAAGUUUGCUAACAGCCUUAAAGCUGUGAAUUGCUGCCUUUGCUUACGGCUGCUGUGUGUGGAGUCUGUGACUCACUUCCUGUACCACAACAAUGGCCAGCUGCGAGUGUUUUGCUCCACCUCCUGCACUAAUGUCUUCAUACUCUCCACACGUCGCAUUGUUACCUGCUGCUUCUGUAAGGUGAAGAAGUACAACUUUGACAUGAUUCAGUUUCAUGAAGAUUCUGCAGGAAGCUUCUACUGCUCAGUUUGGUGUCUUAACCUUCAUCAUCAAAAGACCAGUGACGAGGAUCUGGCUGUGGAUGUAGCCACCGGCGAAGGCCCUGUCACGCCGCCAGCACUUGGCAGCUCGGCCCCUUGUUCACCUCCGAGUUCUGAUCCUGGCAAUGCCGGUGUUCCCGUCAAUGGGUCCGUGACUUUGGCUGCACCAGCUGCCUUCAGUACCUCCGACGUACGACCACCACUAGCGCCAGCAACUAAAAAACUAGCACCAGCAACUAAAGCUCCUCUGCCUACCACCACACCACCAGUGUCACAACUCACUCAAUGUAACAUGUGUCAAAACGUCUCUCCUGCACAGUUCCAUAUGGUCAUGUCAGACAAUACUCUUCGCAAUUUUUGCUCCUAUAACUGUGCCUCUCGCUACAAAGUUACGUUUGGUUUUCUAGUUUCAAAUACAAAGAAUACGAAUUCUACUCCAGCGUCCGUCCCGAUAGCCUCUGUUGCAAGUUCGCUUCCAGCAAGACAUGAAACUCGCGCCGCGGCUCAGCUUCCCACCUCAGCGCCCCCAGCGGCACCCCCAGCUGUACCCACGCCUGAAGCGCCCGCGCGAAAACCUUUCGUGAAUUCACGCCCAAAACGCACAAACAAAGAAUCUCCGUCUAAUGAUACAUCAGUGAGCAUGUUGCGUUCCUUCAGAGGAGCUUCGCCGCGCACCAAAGGGGCAGAAUCUGCUAAUAAAAAUUUCACUGAACCAUUCCUGGAGCGAAUCUUGGCUAGUAUGGCACCUAAAGUGAUGAUCAAUAAAAGCACCAUGUGUGUACCAGUGGUGGCUUCCUCCGACUUCAGUACCACCCCCAAUCCAGAUACAAACAAAUCCUCAAGUCGCGUAGAAAGAAUAUUUGUGCCGGUGCCUAUACCCGUGUAUGUGCCUGCACCGGUGGCGAUGUACAGCUUGCCUAUUCCUGUGCUCGUACCGGUGCCUGUGCCCGUGCCUGUGCCGGUGAUCUUACCUCUCAAGCAGUCUGGUUUGCUGAAAGAAUCUUCAAUUUCUGAAGAUGAUGGAUCAUCGCUUUUUUCUAUUGACCCUGCUACAGAUUCUGAUGCUGACGAGUCAUCAUCAGACACAGACGCUGUGAAGUCAACAUCAGGUGCAGACGCUGUGAAGUCAACAUCAGGCACAGACGCUGUGAAAUCAACAUCAGGUUCAGACGCUGUGAAGUCAACAUCAGGCACAGACGCUGUGAAGUCAACAUCAGGCACAGACGCUGUGAAGUCAACAUCAGGCACAGACGCUGUGAAGUCAACAUCAGGCACAGAUGCUGUGAAGUCAACAUCAGGCACAGACGCUGUAAAGUCAACAUUAGACACAGACGCUGUGAAGUCAACAUCCAAUGCAGAUGCGGCGAAGUCAACAUUGAAGACAGAUGCUGCAAAAUCAACAUUGGAGACAGAUGUUGCCAAGUCAAUAUCGCUGACGGAUGCUGAAAAGUCAACAUCGGAGACAGGUUCUCCAAAGUCAACAUUGGAGACAGAUUGGACUCUGAAAACUGAUGCUAAGAAGUCAUUGCCAUAGAUUGAUGCUGGAAUGUCGUUGUGCCGGAGUGAAGCUCAGGAGACGCAGAUGCUUAAAACAUAGAUUCAGGAGAAAUAGCCUAAACUAAUGUAGUUAAGUUUUCUAUAGUAUUAAUUUAGAAGGAAAUUUUCAAGUCAUGAGUCUAUUUGUUUCACUAUGAGAAGGUAUUCAAGCCGGUGAAAAAGGAAAAAAAAAAACCAUAUUUUCAGGUAUUGAUAUCCUUUCGGAAUAUUUGUAUCUCAUCAUGUGUUGUCAAUCAUGGAAAAUCAUUUAAAACUAUGUUUGUGCUUAGCCGCCUGCAAGGUGACCUCGUGACAACAGUUUUUAUUAUGAAAUUAUAGACAAACUUAAGCUUAACUUGUAUCCAUUGCUGCCCGAUUAGUUGAGUUAAUAAGAUCAAUAAGAUUGACUAAAAUUAGUUUGUAUUAUUACUAUUAUUAGGAUUUUUCUCUAUAACUUUCUAUGAUUGUAUGUUGGUUAAACUGAAAGCAUUCUACUAGAGAGAAUCACUGCAAAAUUACCACGCACGCUACAGGCUAUUUCACGGCCCUUCUUUUCCCCAAAUUUAAAAAAAUGACGCAUAAUUUACCUCCUUCAAUAAAAUCCUGUCUUUCGUGGGUGCUAUGGCAAUAACGAAGACUUUACCUACAGCUCUAUACACACCAGGGCCGUCUGCAAAUUGAAAUCCUACACCGCUCUUUGUUCUGACUGGUUUUUCCUGACAAGUGUUCUAGAGCCUCGUCAUACUGUAGCUCAUUGAGUAGCCUGGCUGUGACAAUGGUAUACUUUCUUAAUUUUAUAACGGUUUUCGUUCAACUAUAGAAACCUGUAAUGAGAUGGGUACUUUUUUUUUAUUCAAUUAGUAGCUCAGAACUAUCUUGAAAUUAUCUUGACUAAAUUGAUAUAAUCAUAUCCGUGCUCGAAAUUAUUUAUAUUGAUUACGUAUUUACGUAGAGCCUCCGUAUUUGUUACAGAGUCACAAAUCAAUCACUGAUUAUCAAUUUAUUUUAGCACUUACAGGAAAUUAGCCAUAGUCUUCUGACCUAGAAAUUCGUGGUACUGAUCGCCCAAUCACGAUCAGGUUAAAACUUUGGAAGAUUCAUCUUAAUGCAUUAAUAUAAUCUUAUAUAAUUGCUUUUCAAUUUACUCUCUCAAAAUUUUUAUACAAUUAAAUGACGAUUUUAACUUUUAAAAUGUGUCAAAUCGUUCUAGAUGAAUUCAAACCAGCAUUAUUUUUACGGUUACGUUGUUGGGAUUGGAUUUUAUUUGUUCCAGUUAAUUUCGGAAAGUAUUGUCUACUGCCUUAGCCAUUUUCAAGUUUGUAAGGAGACGGUUACAGUUCACUUUAGUUAUGGUUGACUUGUCAAGUCACUUGUUCCAGGAGCAUAUAUAUAUAUUUCUUCACACCGCGUCUGCUGUUUGAGUUUGAACAUGGUGGUGAAUAAUUGAAGGUAAGAAAAAUGCACUGUAAUGACAAAUAAUUCUAAAUUUUAUUAAAUUUUCGUUCCAAUUCUGAA